AUGAAGUUGCUUGAUAUGAUGGUAGCUUGUCAGCUGUUCUUUCAAAUAGCCACUAUCUCGGCAUUCUCUUUUCGCAGGGUAUCUUUCGGAACUAUUUCAUCGCGCCGUACCCAACACCAAUCUCAGCUCUUCUCAAAGACCGAGAGCAGUCGCAGCGCUCGUACUGAAGCAGCCACACGAUCUCUUGAAAAUUUGCGAGAGAGGCAAAUGGAAGAACUGGCAGAAACCGAUCGUCUUUUGCAGCAAAUCCGGCAAGUCGAGGUUAGUAGUCACAGCCCUACCAAUAUAUCGAGCACAAACAAAGCGGCUGCCUCCAUUCUAGCCGGAGUCGAUUACGGAUUUCAAAGUCGGAGUGAAGGCGCAAGUUUUUCCGACCUCAAUGGCGGAUCGCCUGCAUUUGAAGGCUACGGACCACCCUCGAAUUUGUGGAAACUGGGGACGCAGCAGUUUAUGCGUAAUCUCAACGCCAUGAAAGGUGAGUACGCGGACGAGACCGACUUCGCUCUAACGGACUCGCAGAAAGAAUUGCACGCUCAGCUAGACGCCUUGACGCUCAACGCCACCGGAAUUUGGGACAGAGAAAUGCAGAAUGGGCCAAUUGAGGCCCCAUUCGUGAUCAAGAUACCGUACUUUGGGCUCUGCUAUAUGCUUGAUGAGGUAUUUGAUGGCAAGUACAUUCCAUCGCGUUUCUUUUUAUUGGAAACAGUUGCGCGCAUGCCUUAUUUUUCGUACAUCACAAUGUUACACUUGUACGAAACUCUAGGUUUCUGGAGACGAUCAGCGGGCAUGAAGAGGAUACAUUUUGCGGAAGAACUCAACGAAUUUCACCACCUGCUUAUAAUGGAAAGUUUGGGGGGCGACCAAGCUUGGUGGGUACGGUUUUUGGCUCAGCAUUCAGCAAUCGUAUAUUACGUCGCACUAUGCCUUUUAUGGGGUAUAUCACCAUCACUUUCAUAUCGCUUUUCGGAGCUGCUCGAAACCCAUGCCGUGAGCACCUACGGACAAUUCUUGGACGAAAACGAGGAAGCUCUCAAAAAGCUGCCACCGCCACUUCCCGCUAUCGAAUACUACGCAUUUGGUUCCUCCGAUCCAUUCUACGCGGAAUUCCAAACUACCGCCAUGUCCCAGGGUCAACCGCUGCGGCGGCCUGGUGAGUCCAUGCUGAGCUUGUACGAGGUGUUCCAAGCCAUUAAGGCAGAUGAGCUGGAUCACGUCAGCACCAUGGAAGCAUGUCUCGAUCCCGAAGCCAACACCCGAUCCCCCUCCGUUGAAAAACGCAUCUUGCUCGGCCUAGCGUUGAUUUCAAUAGUUGGAUUUACGGCAUCAAAUCUAGGCGGGGAGGCUUCCUUGAUAGAUUCAUUACCAGCAGAUGUUGUCGGCGAAACUUCAACGGGGGGAGCGGUUGAUGCCGUCGUGGCUAGUAUUAGUGCGGCAGCGGCGAAAUUUUCACUCGACGAAACUUCCCAAGGUGGCUUGGGCAAAGCAGCGGUAGAGUUGGAAGAGCUAGGAGCCACCGGAGCUUUGCUUGAGGGGAGUCGCCGUGCCGUAAUUGGGGCGUUGCAAGCUGUCCUUCGGUUCAUAGGUAUUCUUCUGUAA